CUCAGCGCGGACUUGAGACGGGCUUCCUGAACAGCUGCACUCUCCGCACAAGACUUCUGCACUCACUCCUUUCUUUCCCACUUCAGCUUAGUUUGUGCGUGUUUCUUGUCUAUGGACUAGAUAGAAAAUCCAACAGAGUCAACACGUCAUGACAAUCCCGAAUUACGCGUCAUCGGACGCUACCGACUUUCCUCCAGAUCUCCCUGUUGCGGAGCUGCAGACGCUCAAUCUGGGCAGACUGCAAGCUGGAGACCAAGACGAAGCUCAACGCCUCCUUGAGGCGAGCAGACAUGACGGUGCCUUCUAUCUGGAACUUGCCGCUGUGGGUAGUGAAAUAUUUCCGGUUCUCGAGUCCGUCUAUGAUUUUUCAGAGAAAAUUUUCGAUCUACCCCUGGAGGAGAAAUGUCUGUACGAUGUUGACAAGCUGGGAAACAUGAAAUGCAAUGGGUACAAACCCGUGGGCCGCAACUUCGGAGGACUCGAAGGCCAGCGUGAUGGUUUCGAGACAUACGUGAUUCCGAAGAACGGCAUCCUGAAUCUGGACAACCAGCAGGACUUUCCGCGCCCCAAAUUGAUUGAUCAAAACAUGAACACUCUUCGGCAGUUCACUAAUUUUGUCAACACCACAUCGCAAACCAUCUUUGACCGACUGUCACAUUCCUUGGAGCUCCCCGAAUCCGGGAACUUGAAGCUGUGCCAUCGCUCUUCUGCACCAUCACCCGACAUUAUUCGUCUGUUGAAGUACCAGCCGCAGCCCGCCGAGCAGCGCGGGGUCCCGCACGCCGCACACACUGACAUGGGCACGUUGACCUUCCUGUUCACACGUCAGCCUGGCCUACAGAUUCAGAGUCCUGGCGAUGAUUGUUGGAAAUGGGUGCUACCGAAAGCCGGCCACGCCAUCGUCAACUUGGGUGACGGCCUUUCCAUGCUCACCAAUGGCUACCUGCAGUCCUGUGUCCACCGGGUGGGGCCUCUGCCCAACCGCGCCAUGCCAACCCGCUAUUCGUUUGCAUACAUGGUUCGGCCGGAGAAUCAGACCGUGAUGGGUGCGCCACAGACACGAUACAUCCCGGCUCGUGAAUCCGAUGCGCCGGUGCUGACGAGCCAGGAGUGGUUGGAGAAGAAGUACUCCGUGCUGCGGUUGGAUGCGCGGCCAACCGAGUUGGCAUGGAUGAUGACUGGGCAGAAAUCGGCCUGACAUGUUGCAGCAAUGUGAGUGGUGCACUGCCAGCCAUUGUCGAGACAUGUGUUUUGGAAUACAGUAGCGAUGCGUGUCUUAGAGAUGUGUGUAAGUAGUGACAGGCUUAGGAAAUCCGUGACUCACUUUGAUCCUUCUUUCAGUGAGCGUAAUCCACAGAUCGAGAUGAAUGUUUCUGGUAAGCUGCAUAUAUUUGGCUUUCAUCCUCUCUAUCCGAGGACUUGAAACCCAUCGCUCUUCCACUUCCAGUAAAACCUCGAUGCAACCUGGUCCCGAACAACUCAACAUGGUUUCUGGUCGUGCUCUGCAAUCUCGAUUCUCUGAUGCACUAUCUUCCGCUGC